UGAUCAUCUUUUGUGAAUAAAUAAAUAAAUAAAUAUUCUAAUUAAAACGGGUUGGAUUCAAUGCUUAUCAAUAAUUCUCACAUGGUUCUAAUUAAUUGCUCCAAUUUAGCGUCAAUUCCCACUUUAAUCAUUUACAAUACACUAUGAUGAAAACUGAAUCUGAUCCGUUCAGUUUUAAUUAUCAAAGAUCGCGACCGCCCAUUCCGUCGUCGCAGUCGAUGCCCCAUCGCUCUAAGGUCCUCUUAACGGUCACAUCGUUCAGAUUCCGAAACCCUAGAGAGAGAGAGAGAGAGAGAGAGAGAGAGAGAGGAUGAGAUCCAGAAAGGGUCGAACGGCGACGCAGGGCAAGGAGAAAGCUGUCGAGAAGACGCUGCCGGAGGUGGAGGACGGCGAAGAAUAUGGAGAUGCGAACGCGAGCGAGGAGGAAUUGGAAGAGGGGAAGCGAUUCUUUGCCUGCUAUUUGCUGGCCUCCCUGUGCCCUCGCCACAAAAGUCGCACUUACAUCGGGUUUACAGUCAAUCCUCGGAGGAGAAUCAGGCAGCACAAUGGCGAGAUAAGGUGCGGAGCAACGAGGACGAAGCGUGGGCGUCCGUGGGAGAUGACUCUUUGCAUCUAUGGUUUUCCCUCGAAUGUUUCUGCUCUACAGUUUGAAUGGGCCUGGCAGCAUCCGACAGAAUCCCUCGCUGUUAGAAAAGCUGCUUCGUGCUUUAAAUCUCUCUCUGGGAUAGCAAAUAAGAUCAAGCUUGCUUAUACUAUGCUGUCACUUCCAGCUUGGGAGAACUUGAAUGCCACCGUCAACUUCUUUUCGACGAAGUACAUGAAGUAUAUUGAUGGUUGCCCGAAAUUACCAAAGCAAAUGAAAACUAUUUUCUGCGUGAUGGACGAACUUCCUUGCUACAUAAAAGGUCCAAUAUUGGACGAUAGCAGUGAAGAAGAUUACCACGAAGAUGAUGGCAAAGAGAGUUCAAUCUCAGCAUGUUGGGAGGUUGAAGGCAAUCAUGCACAAAUGACAGUCAGGCAUCCUCCUGAUCCCUGGAGGAAAGAUGAUCAUUUCAGAGAGUCCAUGGAGUCAGAGGCACCAUCUUGCUCUAUUAGAUCACCAAAGGCCAAAGAAAAGCCAGUUGAUGAUGUGAAAGUCAUGAAUUCCAAGGAGUCAUUGAUUAGUUAUGAUCCAAAGAUUUGGAGGGGUUUCAGCAGUGUUAGAAAUCCAAUUGAGACAACUGAAUCAUACUGCUCAAUUGAAUCUCCUGAACUGGGCCAAGAAGAGAGCAGAAUCUCUGUGGACGCAACUGAAGACCUCUUCGGCCUUGUCAAACAAAAGGACAUCGAGUGUUUAGUGUUGGAUUCUACUCCAAGAAGCUGUUCAUCAAAUAGACAGGUCCUUUCCUCUGAAGGUGAUGUAAUAAAUCUUGUAACACCACCCAGCUUUUUAAUAAGCUCUUGCUGGAAUAAGCACAAGAAGAAUCCAGUUAGCAUGGCCAUAAUUGACUUGACUGACUCUCCCAUCAGUUUGUAAAAUGACUAGAUCAUGUAACCAUGUCGAAACCAUAUUGUCAUAAAUGCUUUUCCUGAAAUAAUCUUAUAGCCAGCAUGUGAAAAUGUCAGCUGGAGUUGAGUAUUGCAUUA